AUGACUCACUCUCAUAGAGCUUGCUGUAACAGUAGCCCGGCUCGACACAAUAGAGAUGGAGAGCCUGGUUCCCACAAGUUUACUUCGGCUGCAGGAAACUGCGAGUCCAACACUUGCUGUGGUGAAGUUGAAGAGGCGACCCAUCCUGCUGCUGCCGAUAGCGGGGAAAGGCACGGAUGUGGUUGUUCCCAUUCGACGACUUCCGAUGAGGACUUGACAAGUGGAGCUAAACCUGUGUCUCAUGAGUCAAUAGGUCGCUGCAAUGACCUCGCAUUGGACCCUACAUCCUGUUCUCCGGCAAGCAUCGAAGUCAAAGAUGCUGCUUCAAGCACGAUUAUCGAAAUCGACAAGGUUGAUGGCGAUGACUCUUCCUUAUCUAAAUUUGAAAUCACCCUCAGUGUGUCUGGAAUGAACUGUACUGGCUGCCUCAAGAAACUAGAGAGGACGCUCGAUUCGAUCCUAGAAAUCUCAAACGUGAAAGCCAGCCUGCUGCUUUCUCAAGCUACUUUUGACUUGGAAGAAACGCAUAUCCUCACUAAGGACAACAUCUCGCAGGUCAUAGAGAAGAAAACGGGGUUUACUUGCGCUCUCAUUCAUCACACUGGUGAGGAGUUAGAGUUGAUUCUGGACCCACGGGUCACAGCUCUCGGCGACGAAUGGCCAAAUGGAGUCACUGAUAUCACCACAACUGGAAAGCGCAGGGUCCUUGUCUCGUAUAGACCCAGAAAUAUCGGUGCACGAGAUCUUCUGUCGGAUCCGUUCUUUCAGCAUACAGCUUUGGCACCACCACCAACGCCACCCUCAGUUGCUUCAGGGAGAGCCAAUGUUCGCAGGUCUUUAUACCUCACUUUGAUUUCAGCGAUCUUGACGAUUCCUGUUCUCGUUUUCUCCUAUUCGUCACUGCCAGACCACGAAGUUCUAUACGGCGGUAUUUCCUGCGGUUUGGCAACCGGCGUUCAAUUUUUCAUCGUCGGGCCCUUCUAUGACAAAGCAUUCAAAGCACUGUUCUUCUCGAGAAUGGUAGAGAUGGACUUGCUUAUUGUUUUAAGCACGACAGUAGCGUAUGUAUAUUCAGUCGUUGCGUACGGUUUUCUGGUCUCAGGCAAACCUUUAUCGACAGGAGAAUUCUUCGAAACCAGUACUCUACUUGCCACCUUGAUCAUGGUAGGGAGGACAGUUGCUGAAUAUGCUCGUUAUAAGGCUGUAGAAUCAAUAUCGAUGGAGUCACUACAGAAUCCUUCUGCAAUCAUCAUCGAAGAAGGGGGUGAAGAGCGCGAAAUCGAUGCCCGGCUUCUUCAAUACAACGACACAUUUAAAGUCCCUCCGGAAAUGUCUGUUGUCACUGAUGGAGUAAUCGAGGAGGGGGUGACGGAGGUCGACGAAUCGAUGAUUACUGGAGAAGCAACACUUAUUGUGAAGAAACCUGGAAUGCCCGUCAUCGCCGGAUCGGUCAAUCACACUGGUACAAUCUUAGUCAAACUCACACGCCUUCCUUCCGAGAAUACGAUCAAGACAAUCAGCACCAUGGUUGAUGAAGCAAAAUCUUCCAAGCCCAAGAUCCAAGAGAUUGCUGAUCGUGUCGCCGGAUCCUUCGUGCCUGUAAUCCUUGCUAUCACUGUACUGGUAUUCGUUGUUUGGGUUGCCGUUGGACAUUAUAUUCGACAUCAGGGUUCCGCCACGGCGGCGAUAAACGCCAUGACCUUCGCCAUUUCUACUCUUAUCGUCUCUUGCCCCUGUGCAAUUGGGCUUGCUGUUCCUAUGGUCGUGCUUAUUGCCGGUGGAGUCGGAGCCAAACACGGACUGAUUCUCAAGAGCACAGAGACAAUUGAGAUAGGGCGCAAAAUUUCGCACGUCAUAUUCGACAAAACCGGGACUCUCACGCAAGGAAAACUCGCUGUCGUGGAGGAGGAAUGUCCUUCUGAAUCGUUACUUGCUCUAGUUCUAGGAUUAGUUACCGAUAGCAAGCACCCAGUCUCCCUUGCGGUCGCCGGUCAUCUGAAAGGAAAGGGUAUCAAAGCAGUCCCAGUCGAGAAUCUUGAAUCAAUUCCGGGGAAAGGUAUCAAAGGAACUUGGAAUGGAUCCACCGCUCGAGCUGGCAACCCAUUCUGGCUCGGCGUGGAAAAACGCCCAGAAGUCGACAGCGUCAUCUCCAAAGCCCUCACAGUCUUCUGUAUCACCGUUGAUGAUGAUCUUAUUGCAGUCUUUGGCCUCAGGGAUGAACUCCGCCCAGAUGCCAUCAAAACAGUCAACGAACUGCGCAAACGCAACAUUGAGAUUUCGCUCAUCAGCGGGGACAACCUACCAGUUGUCCAAGCAUUAGCCACUCACCUCGGUAUCAUUCCCCAAAACACCCGAGCACGCUGCACGCCCGCCGACAAGCAAACUUACGUCAAAUCCGCCCUCGAAACACCAAGCAACGUCGUUCUAUUCUGCGGAGACGGAACAAAUGACGCAGUAGCCCUCGCGCAAGCCUCUAUCGGUUUGCAUAUCAACGAAGGCACAGACGUCGCCCAAUCUGCUGCGGACGCUAUCCUUAUGCGCCCUUCUCUCAAAGGCAUCUUAACGCUCAUUGAUCUCUCGAAAGCGUUUUGGAGGCGAGUGCUGUUUAAUUUUGCGUGGAGUUUUGUGUAUAAUCUGUUUGCGAUAUUGUUAGCGGCAGGCGCUUUCCCAGGCAAGGCGAGGAUUCCACCGCAAUAUGCGGGAUUGGGAGAAUUGGUUAGUGUGCUUCCGGUUAUUGCGGUUGCGGUUGGGUUGAAGUGGAAGAAGUUUUAAAUUCGUCGUAGUUGGAUUGUUUGCAAAUGACAGGAGACAGAGUAUUUGGUGCGUAGAUGAUCCGGUUUGGUUCCGAGAUAGAGUUCAUGAGGUAUAGAGAGUGG